CCGUUGAUAGUCCUCUACCACGGCGGCGGUCUAGUUCUCGGAUCGCCCGUCAUGGCCGCAAGUCUAGCUCGGUGGUUGGUCACGCACUUUAACGCUGUGGUCGUUGCGCCAGCGUAUCGUCUUGCUCCUGAACACCCUUGGCCAGCGCCUGUAAAUGAUGCCUGGGAUGCGCUGGUGUAUAUCCGGUCUCGCGCCAGUACGGUCUUCGCCGCCGACACAUCCCGCGGAUUUGUGAUCGGUGGCAUUUCAGCGGGUGGCACCAUAGCGGUGAGUUUCGCUCAUAAAGCCAGGGACGAGUGGACGCCUUCUUCCGGACCGCUGGUGACUGGGGUAUUCAGUAGUUGGGGGAGUACACGAACUGUAGACGAGCAGGGGAAGGAAUUGGAGGAGGGGUAUCGAGAGCGGUAUCUGAGUCGACGGGAAGAAGGGUGUGUGGACAAUCCCGUACUAUCGAGGGACUUUCUGGGGUGGUUGAAUGCGUGUUUGAAAGCGGAUGUGAAUGAUCCGGUCUAUUCGAGUCUGUUGUGGCCGCCAGAUGGGGAGAGAAAGGGACUUUUCGGGCACCAAGGGUUGCCUAGGGUGUAUUUGCAGACAUCGGGGCGGGAUCCCAGUCGCGACGAGAAUCUCAUCUUCGGCGACAUGUUGACGAGGGAAGGAGUGGAGAGACGAUUGAAUUUGUAUGCGGGGGUGCCGCAUUGUUUCUUUUUGCAUCUGUCGCAUUUGCCAGAGUAUGAGAGGUGGAAGAAGGAUACGAUUGAUGGCUUUCGUUGGUUAUUGAGUGGGAAGGGGAGAUGA